AUGCCUACUGGCGGUUUUAAGUGGGUUGAAGCCAAGCUAGAAGGACUUAACAACUUGGAUGAUACCUCCCCCAUAGGACGGAUGUAUGAGGUCGACGUAACGUACCCGGUAGAUCUACAUGAUAAACAUAAUGAUCUACCAUUUUUACCCGAAAACGGAAUACCUGCUGGCUCAAAAGUAAAAAAACUCAUGGCGACUUUUGAGUCAAAGAAAAAUUAUGUCGUGCAUUACCGCAGUCUCCAACAAGCCAUUAAAAACGGGCUGAUAGUGGAUAAAGUAUGUAUUAUUUUAUACAUCGUCGUUGACGGGAACAAACCUCCUAUGUGA